AUGGUUGCAGUGUUGGAGGAAUUGGCUGUUGACAAGUCCAUGGAUGGAAUCAUUGCCUCUGUCAAACAGGUGCCCCUUUCUGCAAGGUCCGCUACCCGCCGCAUAGAGGCGUUGUCUGAUGCUGUGCAGGGAGUCGUUAUCAGUGAUCUCAAUAAGGCUAAUUACUUCUCCUUAGCGGUAGACGAGAGCACUGACAACACAGAUGUUGCCCAGAUGUGUGUCUUUGUCAGGUAUUUUGAUGGGAAGCAGUUUAGAGAAGAUUUGCUGUCUCUUAUUCCUUUGGAGGGGAACACCACUGGAGAUAUUAUAUUCACUGAACUGUCAAAAGUGUUUGAACGGCUUUCAUUGUCAUUUGAGAAAGUCAACCUACUCGUGACAGAUGGGGCCCCUGCUAUGGUGGGUAAACACAGAGGUUUGGUGAGCAGGUUGAAGGAGAUCGCCCCCCAAAUGCAUGGGCUGCAUUGUCUUAUCCACCAGAGUGUACUUUGUGCAAAGCUCAGUGGUGAGCUGAAGGUAGUUAUGGAUAAAGUGAUGCGUGUCAUCAAUUUUGUCAGGGGUACAUCAAGCACCCAGCAUCGGCUUUUCCGACAGCUUGUGGCAGAUUCAGAGGAGGCCACCCACGACGACCUGCUGCUGCACAAUGACGUGCGCUGGCUAAGCAAGGGCAAAGCGUUGGAGCGCUUCUGUGCGCUACUGGGUGAGGUGAAGGCAUUCCUUAUAUCUAGCAAGAGUAAGGCAGCAGCAGAUUACCUUGCCUUUCUGGAGGACGAGAAGUUCAUGUCCAAUGUUGCAUUUUUAGCUGACAUAUUUGGCCAUUUAAACAAUCUUAACAUGCAGCUACAGGGAAAAGACAAAACCAUCGUGGACAUGGUUGAAAAGCUCCAAGCAUUCACCGUCAAACUGGGGUUGUUAGAGUCCGACAUAUCAACUGGCAGGCUCCUACAUUUUAGUACUCUAAAAACACAGGCAAGACGAGUGACGGGACUGAUGGUAGACUUCAUCAAGCAACUCCGAGCCAACUUCUCUUCUAGGUUGGAGGACUUCUCCGUCCUGAAUGAAGUAAUUGCUUUUGUGCGUGACCCUCUCACAACCCGAUCUAGCGGAGAACUCUCCACCCUGGUCAAAACAAUCGUCCCUUCCUUGGAUGAGGCUAAAUUUGAGAUGGAGUUAAUUGAUUUCCAAACAACCUCUCUGAUCAAAGAUGCAUUCAGAUCUGCAGAGUCCCUGAGUGCCUUUUGGGUGGCAUGCUCAGAGGAGUACAGCACAAUCAAGAACCUUGCGUUUUAUGUGUUGACAAUGUUCCCUUCCACCUAUACAUGCGAGUCUGCCUUCUCAUCAAUGAAUGCAAUAAAGACGUAUGAGAGGAAUCGACUGACGCACAAAAACCUCGAGAACUGCCUGCGGAUUUCAGUGACAACUGUAACACCAGACAUCCGAAGCAUUGUGACGAAUGCCAGGCAAGGAUGCCAGUUUUCACAUUAA